AUGGAAAUGGUGAAGUUGAGGCCUGAGGUGAAGUUUGAGCGCGAUGGUGCAGUUGAAGGAAAUACUGUACCAGAACGCACAGAGGACUGGAGCAUGACGCCAGAGAAGAAGUCCAGACCUCGACAUGAUCCUCUUGGAGAGCUAGAUUCGCACAUGCGAGAGUUCAACCAUCUGGAAGCAUCGUGGGAGCACAACGAAAGUGCGCCCCAAAGAGAGCUGCUUGCCUGGGCCAAGCGAGUUGCGCAGCCUCGUAUCUAUCUGGAGUUCCCAGACAUGUUCUUAUUGUGUUCUCAGAAGAAGUUUGACUUGCAAGUUCUGGUGUGGCAUGGAGGCAACCGAGAGAUGCGACGCGCGCCGGAGUUUGUGCAGGAAUUUCUAGAUCCAGAACUUGGACUGGAAGUGCCUGGUGUCGGCAGCGGGCAGCCAUUUGAAAAGACCAGAAUAGCAGUGUUGUGUUCGCCGACAUACUCGUUGACAGCACCCUUGGACCACUGCGUCCAUUGGAUGCCGGGGUGGUUGGGCAAUGAGAUAGAUGAUGUGGAGGACAAGGACGGCUUAGUGCAAGGCAUCAUUGAAGAUUCCAGGCAAAGCAUUGAGAAGAAAAUGAAGGUCUUGCGCAGGCGGAUGGAGACUGAGUCGGAGGAGAUGAUACGGUCAACUUUGCAAGCCGAUCUGGAAGAGCUCCACUUGGAGAAGGAAAACCUGUCUGAAAUGCUCCAGCAGCUUUGGUCUGUCCACAACAUCAUUGCCAAACCAGUGCUUGCAGAUGGAAACUGUGGUGUCCACACUGCCUUGGCCUUUCAAGAAAAUGUCAGUGCCUCAGUCAUUGCUGGCAAAGCAGCGAACAGUGCUGACAUGGACCGGAUUGUGGCAGCAACGAGACUUGAACUCUGCCACAUGUGGCAAGCCGUAUCGGAUGACCUGCUGUGGCAGCAGAUUUGGCAAAGAUUCCUGGAGGGAAGGGUUGAUCUUCGGCACUGGCAAGCCUACGUGGAACGUGAGGUUUACACUCCUUCACCACGCAAGAACAAAAAGAGGAGCCAAGAUGUGACACCAGAGAAUCCUGAUGGACCGAAAAAGACCAAGCAGAAGAAGUCUCCAGAUGCAAAAGAUGCAAAAGCCCAGCGACAGCAAGGAAAGCUACUGGAAGGAGAAGGAGUCGAAGUUCGGGAAGCUCAAAUUGUGGUGAGUGCUGAUCAGGACACCAAGCCUCAGAAGAAGCGAGAUGGCAAAAAGCUGCCACCCGAGCAAACCCACACCUAUGAGAGGGCUUUUUUCCGAUUCCUUGCUGAGAAGGGUCUCACGGACAAGCGCUUCCUCGAUCCUCAUCGCAAGAAAAUGGGUUGCUUGGUGCGUGGAAAGGAUGUUUGCAAGACUGGCAAGUGGGUCACGUUCAGGCAAAUGCUUGCAGAUGGCAAAUGGCCAAGUGAGUGCCAGAUUUGCCAGGCCCUGCUGGAACAACAUGGUCUGACCCCUGCCGCUCUGCAGAACACCAUAGAAGGCAUCAAGGAGCGGGUCAAGACAGAGGUUCAGGAGAUGGCCAAUUUCAAGCCAUUGCGGAAGAAGCGACGGACUGGCUGGGUGGACGCCGACCAAGUGAUGGAAGAGAAGGCAAAGGUGAAGGAGGAGAAGGUGAAGACGGAGCAGGUGAAGGUGAAGGAAGAGCAGUGCGUUGCCUCUGAUGUCAAGCCGUUGGAAGAGGUCAAGCCCUUGGAAGAAUCCAAGCCCUCGGCAGAUACCAGUCCCGCGGCAGGGGCUAUCAAAGAACAGCUCAUGGGAAAACAGGAUCUGUGCAAUCUGCACAGGCUGGUCGUCCUUGAGCGCAAGUCGCAUGGCAAAAAGUUUCCUAUCCACUGCGCUGUGUGCGACACGGUGUUUUGUGGCAGGAAUCGUGCACGUGUGUGGCAACACGUGUCAGGCUACGAACAUCGCAGGCGCUGGCAGAAGGUCGAAGUCAAAAUGACAAUGCCAGCUCUGGCACCAGAGGACGAAAUGCCCGGCAAGGUCAUUGGGAAAUGCAUGGGGCUGAGACUGGGGUCAAGCAUCGCUCAGAAGACCAGCCUCGGGUCAGAUCUCAAAGCUGUCUGGAAUGAAUAUGUGAAAUACGCCUGGUUGGAGAGGACAGAAACUCCUACUGGCCUUGCUGUCCACAAAUACAAGCAAGACUGCAACAACGGAGAGUGGACCAUCACUUCAUCAGCAUGUCGCAUCAAUGGCAGCGUCUACCAGACACCUGAGGGAGAUGCCACGUGCGAGGAGUGCUUCAUUCUGGGUUCCAACCAGCGUUUUUUGAGCAAAGUUUGCAAUUUCAUUUUUCAGAUGGAUGCUGCACGGUUGCUCUACUUCAAGAUGUACGACCCAGAGGGCGUAGAAGACUUUGAGCAGAAGCUUCGUUCAUCUUGCAACUACUUGCAGAGACUCAAGAGCUUGUAUGAGGAGAUCAUGGCCCUGUCCCAGGAAGAGUUGCAUUUGCGAGUGAAGCAGAGCUGGAAUGGUAGAACAAGUUCCUUGCAGACAGCAGCGUUGGAUCUGUUCACAUCACAGUGGGUGAGGCCAUGCCUAGACUGUGAGCCAGGCGUUUCGAUGAAGCAUCAGCACCUCAAGGGCCUCCUUGCCUACAUGGCAUCGGAAACUUCGAGUACCAGUGCUGACCUUCAAGUAGUUCAGGCGGUGGUCACCGGACAACUCAAGCGCCAUCCUGCGGUGCAAGGAGUUCUCGCAGCUUGCGUGGAGAAGAUCCGCAUGUGGAACAAUGGUUGCAGCACAAUGCGGAACAGGCACCGUUCUGAAGAGGAGCGUGAGAUCCUGCUCACAACCGGCGCAGAGCUGGCAGCAGCUGGCUGCAAUGAUCGGGCCCUUGAAGCCUUUGGGAUGAAGUGGCUGGUCAAGAACGAUUGGAAAGGCAGCUUAGCUAUUGUGACUUCCCUGGGGCUGCCCAAGUUUACCGCUCCUUCGGAAGAGGAAAUGGCUGAAUCGGACCAUCUGGUGAGCAGCCUGUUUCCACGCAACCCAGAAACAGCCCAGAGACGGUUGGCACUAGCGUUCGACCGAACGUAUCUUCAAAGUUGCUCACAGCUUUGCCUGACCCCUCGAGGGCAUUGCCUGGUAGGAGGCCCACACAGGCCUCCUGGCUUCAUUGAUCCAGACGAGAGCCAGAAGGUGAUGAAGGAUAACAACGGUGUGGUCAUCGAGCAGAUUGUCUCUCGUUCUCGUGACAAGGCUUCAGAAGUUGAGUCCUGUUGCGUUUGGGACCCAAGUCGUUCCCACAGCAGCAUCUAUGAGGUGGCUGCCUUUCCAGUGAUGCCAGCAGCCGAACGUCAUGCACUGUUUGAGGAGCACUCCACAAACCCAAGGCUGCAAAGAGGGCAGUGGGCCACACUCCAGAGGUUGGGCCAGGUUCUGAAAGCAUGCCCAUCUGUGAAAUACAUCAUUGCAGACCGCCACGGCUCUCACAACUUUCUUGGCUCGAUCUUGCUGGGAAGAGCUGUUCCUUUGGCCGACGAACUUUGGGAUGUCCUGCCAUUUUUCAACUCUUUGAGGUUCGAGAGCCUGCCGAAGGUUGCAUUCAACAUCCCUUACCGGAUGUGCUUCAUGAAGCAGGAGUCGGUGCACUUCUUUCCCGGCCCGGCACAUGGGCAGAAGUCGUUCGCAGAACAGAUGAGGUCGUGCCUAGGCACCCCGCAUUUUGGUUGCCUAGCAGCCGACUUCGCGGCGGCCCUUGACUUAGGCCUCUUCACAGCGGCCUAUGUGGGGAAAGACGCAAUGUCGGACAGGCAAGCAGCGCUCCUGCUGGCGCCUUCCAACUUUUGCAUCAACCCGCUCAAGAAGGAGGUGAAAGUCCCAUGGGUCCUGCAGGGAGCCAUGCUGUUCUCCUUGGUGGGCGCCCAUGCACAGGCAGCCUUGCUGCACUCCAGCAAAGACCUGCUCUGGCGGGUUGAGACAGCAAUGUGCGGACUGCUGCUGCUCGACCUGGGGCACAUGAUGGCAAAGCGUUUGGCGCAGAAGCGAGGGUGCAAGACGAGGGACGUCUUCAUCGACACAACAACGAUGAAAACGUUGAAGGACAUCUGCGGAAGCGUCAUUUGUUGUGCUUGGAGCGGGCAGGCUCCUUUGUGCUGGCAAAAACUCACCGAGCGGCGCUUGGAGUGCCGCUUCGGCCAUUUGCGGGCUGCUUUCGGAACAAGUCAGAUGAGCAUCGCUGACUACUGGCGAGCAAGUUUGGCCCUGAUGCGCAGAGAACUCACCAAGGAUCUUCCAGCCCAGUGCUCACCAGCGACUGCAAUCAGUGAGGCCGACUUUGUCAGUUGCGCCGACAGAUCGUGGACGGCUUGUCGCAAUCUCAUGGCCAUGUGCUCUGAUUGCACCACCACUCAGAUCUAG